AUGGGCCGGCUGAAAUUUGGACUGCACAAGUCUGCAGCAAGGCUGCAUACAGAUGAACCGGUUGUCCACUUUUUGAUAUCUCCGACCGUCUAUCUACGGGAAAAGGAAGACGUCUAUCUAUUCAUGCGACGAAGCUUAUUUCAGACACGGCCGACUGGGGUCUUUGUAAAGACGUAUUUCGCUGGGGUCUUUCGUUCUGAUUUCGCUCCGACUGCAGAUGGUUUGGUCCAAGCUGACCCUUCUAAACCGGUGAAAGUCACUGGUAAAAGGGCCGUUGGAAUCCUCGGCAAGGCCGCGAAGGCUGCGAAGGGCGCGCCCAAGGGCGCAGCAGAGUCCGCGGUGCCCAGUGGACCAGCUGGAGCUGGCCAGGUCUUCAAUAUCUUCGCGGAAAGGCCGGAUGAAGAGAUCAAGCCAGAUAGCUGGUAUCCGAAUUGGCUUUGGAAAUUGGAGACGCCUCCCAAGCACUAUGGCGACCUCACUCUCAUGUUCGUCCAUGGGGUCAAUAUUGAAGAGGCGACGCUGAGUGAUUACCAGCGCUUCCUGCGGCAGCACCGCAAGAUGAUUAUCAAGAUCAACAACUUGCGCUUGAAGCGAAGCAAGAAGAGGCCUGGUCUAAAGAUCAGCUGA